UGCGUGCCAUCUACCGGGGGGCUGCCGCCGGCUGCCCGGGGCUGGGCGGGCAGCUGCUGGUCCCCGGGGCAGGCCUGGGGCUGGAAUUCUGCCUUCUGCUGCCCCGCUCUUGGCGUGCCGGCAGGGAAAAGGUGCAGGAGGGAUUCAGGUGUUCCUGCACAAGGGAAGCUCUGAAGCGGGAGCUCAGGGGGAACAGGAGCUGUCAGUUCUGUUCAUGCGCACCAAGUGGGAUGUCUGGAAAAUGUGUGGCAUCACCUGCGGAAGGGAGUGGAUCUCCUGCGAGGGAGGCAGUGGCCCAGCAGAAGUGGGAGCAGGUUCUUAGAACACAUCUCUGGUCGUUGAGCUGAUACUCAAUAUCGAAAGAUAUUUGGAGAGCACCUGCAGGAGUCAGAGCUGCUCCCUGCCUCCCCCAGCCUCAGUCCCUUCCUGAUGAGAUCCCCCUUCUUUCGGAUGCCCAGUUGGCUGGAGACGGGACUCUCGGAGAUGCGACUGGAGAAGGACAAAUUUUCUGUAAAUCUUGACGUGAAGCAUUUCUCCCCUGAGGAGCUGAAAGUGAAGGUGCUUGGGGACAUGAUAGAAAUUCAUGGGAAACAUGAGGAGCGCCAGGAUGAGCAUGGCUUUAUUGCCAGGGAGUUCAGCAGGAAAUACAGGAUCCCAGCUGAUGUGGAUCCCCUGACCAUAACCUCAUCACUCUCUCUGGAUGGCGUCCUGACAGUGAGCGCACCGAGGAAGCAAAGCGAUGUCCCUGAGCGCAGUAUUCCUAUCACCCGUGAAGAGAAGCCUGCCAUUGCAGGGGGCCAGAGGAAGUAGGCUGCUAUGUAACGUCACCCCAGGGCCAUUCAAGAGCACUUCUCAUCGGAUGCCAGCUGUACUCAAUGGCCACUCUUAUUUAUUUAUGCUGAGUAAGUUUACUAACAAAUAAAACAUGAAUAAGCAGUCUGCA